AUGAACAAACUUAGCUUCUUAUUGUUAGCCCUCUUUGCACUCAUAGGCAUAGUCUAUGGCAAUGAUGAGCGUGAUCUUGGUAGAAGAUGGUUGGCAAACCCAGAUUCGGAUGAAUCCUCUGAUAGAGCUCUAGAGAGCAACUAAAAUGAUUUAAGAGAUCUUGCAUAAGCAAAAAGACCAAAAAGAGAACUUGAUGAGACUGCAGAUAGAGAACUCCAGAAAACUCGUGCAAAGAAAUUGAGAGAUCUUAGUUUAGAAAUGGAUUAAAAUAAUUGA